UGAGUGGUGAUGGUAAUGGUGGGGAUCAGUCGGAACCAACUUUAGGUCCAGGAUUAGACGGUGGCGGCUUGGAUGCGCGCGAUCAAACCUACAAACUUCAGUGUCGCUCGGACCGCGGCCACGUACUGUGGGCUGCGUUAUAGUCCGAUUCUUCCGGUUUUUGUUGUAGUCCAAGUGUUGCCGUAUCGUGUGUUUGACUUAUUGCGACCGCCGAUUUUCUUUUUUACGGUUUUUAGUGGCCAGCUCGGUUGACCUGAUUUGUUUUCAUGCCGAUGCCAGUAAAUCGUUUAUAAAAUAUCGUAACCGCUGACACGUAACACGACAUGGGAUGAAUCCUAUCGGUACCGGUAGAAUAAAAGUGACCGUUUUUGUUUAAUAGAGUUUUGGUUAUAGUUUUGGUUUUUGUUUUGGUUUUAUUUUCUGUUGUGAUAAGAGGUUUGUGAUAAAGUUUUUACCAACAGAUUGGGUUAUGUGCAAUACCGAGCGUACUUUCAGUUAGAUUGCUACGACAAGUAAAUAAGAUUGCCAAACGGUUUUGGAUUGUAAAAUGAGCCGCGCCUCUCAGGCCGGCUUGGAGGUGGAGAGAUACAUUGGAAGUUGUUUGAUAUCCUCGACACUGAGACCCACUUUGCAAAAGACUAUUAUCAAUAAUAAUAACAAUAAUAUUAUCACUAAUAAUAAUAUUAAUAACAAUAAUACCAAUAAUAACAAUAAUAACAGCAUUAUUUGCACGAACAACAACAACUGUACCAGCAAAAAAGAAAGUGUUGGCGUGAGCUUACGCAACCCACACUAUCAGCAAAGCAACUAUUCACCUAGCAGCAAUGAACAGUGUCAGUUUGGUACUUGGACAGGUGCUCCUUUAAUCUCCAUGACGUCUAGUCCCCGGAGAAACAAUCAGCGAUCUUCUCCAUCACCUUGUCAACAGCAGCAGCAUUCACCGAUUGAGCCACAAUCACAGCCGCAGGCUCAAUCUCAGCAGCAUCAAACCCACCAGCAGGUUUCUUUGCACCUCCAGAACCGAAGUCCCCUGUCUCGUCUUGCGAUUCACACGCAAGGGGCACCCUUAAUUCUCGCAGGACGCUUUCACAAUCGUGGAAAGCCGGUCAAUUCGAACAAUGUGAUUGCCGCUCCUAAUGUCAACAACUUUUGCAACGUUAAUACCAACAGCAACGGCAACACAAUGUCAGUUGGAAGGUGUCCCCCGGUUAGAAGUCUCAAGAAUAUCGUUGAAGUUCCCAGAAAGUUACAGUCCCAGCACCAGUAUGUGUCCGGGUAUCAGCAUCAGCAGCAACAGCAACAGAUUCAACAACAGCAGAUGCAACAACAACAGAUCCACCAACAGCAAUCACAGCAGCAAACGAUAAACCUUAAAAAUGAUUGUCACGGGAAGUUGGACAACAGCUCGGGGGCAAGUAUCGCGAAUAUCGAUUCGUUGAGCAUUGCCAGUGACGAAAGUUCGAACAACUGUGAGAAUAGUUUACCCCGGAUAAUAAAGCCCCGUAAGCGGAGGAAGAAGGAUCGUAAGCCGACCAAUGUUGUUACAACGGAAAACUCUAAACCGGAGGAUAGAGACAGGGAUAAGGAUCUAUCGAUCUCGAUGAAUCCCGGUCUAAUGCCCUCGGGGAUGAACGGGGAUCAAUCUAAUUUGGUUACACUUAAACCGUAUGUGCCGGUUUGCUACGAGGCAAUGAGAUACGAGCUCCCCCAGCAGCAACAGCAGGGGACAAUCCAGCACAGGGCCCACAGGAGGCCACCCGUCACCAGGGAAAGUUACUCAGGUAGAACCCAGACACCUAUUCAGCAGGAGAUUGUCGACACGAGGCAGAGCAGUAGGUAUGCGCAUCGACACGCGCAGGUGAAAGUGCUCGACGACAACCGGAAUGUUGUGGUGCCUGUGCUCGUUCGCACGAGUACAACAGCUCUUGCCAAGGGAUAUCGCAAUCACAAUCACCAUCCGCCCGCCAACAAUAAUAACAACAACACCACCAAUAACAGUUGUAAUAACAACAACAGUAAUAAUAAUAAUUGUAAUAAUAACAAUACCAAUAAUAGUAAUAGUAAUAAUUGCAACAAUCGACUGGUGCACAGCAACCCUGGUAACGGACAUCGUUACAUCAACGGGUAUGACAGUUGCGAGAAAUCUGGGUUGGUUGAUGACCCAGGAUCCUGUCAAUGCCGGUACUGCAACCCCUCAGGUCUCAUCUGGGACGUCGAUCAGAACGGGUACUCGCCCUUCCUGACUCCUCCUCCUACCAGCAACGGGAGCAACAAUGAGUUUGUUCAAUUUCCCCAGAUACCUCUGUUCCUGUCACGGGCGAACCUUGGAGGGGGCUGUCAUCAGGAGCCCUCCGAAUUCUUUGACGUGGAAGACUCCCUCAGGGGACCUCAUCAUCACCAGCAUCAGCACCACCAGCACCAUCACCAACAUCACCCAGUUCCUGUUGGAGCUGCUCGGGUAGGACACGAACGGCUGGAACCCACUGGGGGCGCACUCCUGAGACGAAGCUGGAGCGAUCCCUCGAGCUACUUUAGCGAGCAAAUCUGUGCUCCGAGUCGUGACGUCGGAGUAAUUGGCGAUCGAGGACAAACUGCUGAGACGCUUGCCAGAGGUAGGAGUUCUUGGCCCGGAAGUCCAUCCUACGUGUCACUGGGAACAAACGCCUCGGGGCUGUCUGGUAGUCUUCCAGGUAACUCGGUUACUGGCCAGAGCCUGGAGGUAUCGACCGAAAUAGUCACCUCUCACAACGGGCAUCGGGACCUGGAGAUAAAAUUCUUCAGUUCUUCGCCCAGCUCCAUCCAACCGGAAGAAGAAAAAUCACCAUUCCCAGAGGACAACGAGGACUUCAGUGACAUUUGGAGCUACCAUGAGUCCAAGCUUCAGCAGGAUUUUCGGACCUUGCUGCAGGCCGAAGAGUGAUAGAGAUUUUAUUGAAAUAAGUUGAUGAAACAGGACAUUGAUUUUAGAGAAAUAAAAACUGCAAACAAGUUGUAAAUGUUAAUGUGGAUGUAUGGAUGGUUGUAUAUGUGUGUAUGUGUGUAUUGUAGCUUUAAUGAGCGCAUGAGAGUACAGAGUGUGCGAUGAAAGCGAGAUCGUUAUUGGAAUGAAAUUGGAAAGCCGUCGGAGCGUGGAACAAGUCGAAAACCCGAGGUUGACUGGCUGCGAGAACGAGCGAAAACAGGUGGACUCUUAUACAUUUCACAUACAUUGAUACACUAACAUAACACAGCAGAAAUGGAUGUGUGAAUGCAUGCGUGCGUGCGAAAGUCUACCGCUGGCAGCAUAUUACUCAUGACUGGAGCGGCAAACCUAAACCGUUAAACCAGUGCUCGCACUACAUAACAAACUUACAAACGAAGGUUAAAACAUACGAACGAACGAACUAACAAAUUGGUGUAAACUGUACAGUAGUAGCAGUCGACAGACAACCACAGUGAAGUAGUAGGCUACAACAACUAGGGUUUGUAACUUGGUAGUGCAUCUAGGUCUACACGACGGUACUUGUCUCUGGUCGUUGGUAGCUCGUCUAUCUGUCUAGCUGUCUGUCCGUCUGUCUAUCUAUCUAUUCACCGUCAGACAACCAAUGUGUAUGUAUUGUGCAUAAACCUGGUAUAGUCUACGCACGAGUGACAACCGAUGAAUAAACCACCAAACAAGACGAUCCUUGCCUAACGGUUUAAGUAGUAACAACCAAUGUUACCUUCAACACCGUGUUUAAUUGAUGACGAGCGAAAUCACGACUGUAAUUGAUCUCUUCCUUACUGUCAUUAUCAUUAUUAUUAUACUUUUUCAACACACAAUAUUAUUAUCAUAUCCUUAAUCAUGUGCACGCGAGUAAUGAAAUGUUCGCCUUUACGAUCACCAAGAUAAUAUUAUGUCCUGCGUCACUCAUUCGCGUGCGGACAUUGAUCAAGGUGUGGAAGCGUCAAGUCCGGCCUAUUGCUUCUUCGUCAUCGUCAUUGUCAACGCAACCCGGUCAAUCCUUUCGCAAUUCAUUUACCAUCUAUCAUCAGCCUAGUACCUGAGAUACACUAUCAGCAUACCAGUAUCAGUAUCAGUAUCAUCAACUUCAGAAUGAUUCUCACCCGUCGACCGAGCUCUAUCUCUAGCUCCGGCAUUUAGCUUAAGCGGCAUCCACUUGUCUACUCUUGCACACACUCAACUCUCACAUCCACACACGUACACAUACCGCAUGUAAAGGGUAAAACCAGCGUUUAAUUAACGCAUCGGACAUGUUGUUCGCGUGAUCGUCGUUAGUGUAACGUGGCAAUUAAUAUAGUAGCGAGCAUGGUAGCUCUAGGCCCAAUGCUUUGACUCUAUUCACCUUAAAGGAAACGCGAACGAGUAUACCUACCUGGUACAAGAAAAGACAAGUAUUACCACGUCUUAUGUGAUAUGAGUUUCAACGUCGAAUAAUGACGCGUUGUCUGUAUCGAUAAUCUACAGUUUUCAGCAUACCAGCUCCGGUUAUAUGUCUGCUGUAUGCUCUACCUUUAAUGUUCUACAGCUCCUCUUCUCUCGGUAGCUGGUUCAUUUCCGCUCCAGGCACAUCAACUACACUUUCUUUUUAUACUUGUCCUCUGGAAAUUAAUUAUCCAUCACUGGCAAUUAAUAAUCUGUAGGAUUCUGAAACUUCUAAAUCAUUAUUAACGAUCCACCUUUACUUGACGUCGUUGUCAACUAAACGGGGCCGAUGGCCUUUAUCGUAUUAUGUUAAAUAAUGGUACCGGCAUUACGUGGGUCGGCAAACUGUUAUAAUUCGCCCACGUGUUUUCCAUUCAUACUAUUUAGACUUUAACCCGUGUCCACGCCUGAUAUUUUUCGUUGUUUAAAACUUUUUAUUAAUUCGAUAUUUAUAGUUCGGUAUUUGUCAUUCUUUAAAAGUUAUUUGGCUUUCGACAUUCAAUCAGUCAAACUUUUAUUUCGAAUUGUGUUGUAACAAUCGGGCACUAAUAUUCGAUUAUUUACAUUCAAUGGCGAUUAAUCUUAUAACUAAAAUUGAUGGAUUGGAACAUCGACAGAUAAUUUAUUUUAGUUUUAGCGGAGAAAUUUAAAAAAAUGAAGCGAAUUAUUAUGAAUGGUAAUUGACUUUAAUAAAAUUUGCAAAAUGGUUGACCUUGCAGAGCAUUUUUUAAACUUUUUACUAUUAUAAAGCUCAAAACACUCGUAAAUUUACCCAUCAGUCAAUUUUUUUCAUUUUUUUUUCUCACAUUUAAGAAUUUUUUUAGAAGAGUGUUUUUUUGAAAAUUAACAAACUGUGAUAUUUUUAGAACACUAUGUUCCAUCUUAACCUUUUUGACGGCAUUCUACGCAUUUUUUCAACCUCAAAAAGUGAAUAUAAGGUUUUGAGUCGAUAAAUUGAUAAAUUUCAAAGUUAUUUCAAAAAAAUGUAAGAAAAUAUUACUUCUUUGAAUAUCUUCGAAACGGCUCGACUGAUUUACUUUAAAAUCUUAUCAGAUGCCCAAUUUUUCCAAAUCUUUUAUUUGCGAAAACAUAAAGUUUAAAUCUAUCCUACAGUGAAGAUAUCAAGAGCAUCAAUUGAUUUUAUUAAUAAACAAAUUUCAAUCAUACAUCCACCCUUCAAGGCCAAACAAACAAAAGUUAAUUUUUGGUAUUUCGGAAAUAUUUAUCCAUCCAUCCGUCUCUUUAUCAGUUAAUUUGUUUGUUUGCUUGCUUACUUUAUUAACUUAACAAACUAAACGAAUCUGCUCCUCUCGAUUUCUCGUUUUUCAAGGACAAUCCAGUUGCCGUUGGUAUAACGAACUUAAUUUAUAGUAUACACUACACUAGUAUCGAGAAAUAGUUUCCACGCGAAUGGAUUUGUCGUAAACGAAGUAACCAAGUACAUCGAGACAGAGAUCUUGUCUGUCAAUUCGCUUGGCUGCAGCGCUUGCGUGUCUCCAGGGUAUCCAUUAUCCUCGUACUCGUGUAGCCUUACUGUUCGUACUACGUACUACAUACGACAUACUACUACUCUUACUCUUUCAAUUCCACACUCACAUACAUGUAUACGAACCCAUGUGUCCAUAUCGUCGAUAGAUGAAUCAGAUUCAUCGAUUGCCAGAAGUAAUCGAACGCAAUCUUGCACCGACCACUUUAAUCGCACUUACUCCAGCUUCACCUAAUUACAGUCGAGUGAUUGCUUCUCAUAUUUAAGAUUUAGCAAAAUAUUCGACAAAAAAAUGGUUCCACUGUUCGACUUGCCAGUAUGAAAUCGAUUAUUCCCACCGAGUUCUCGCUCAUAAUUUUUUUUAUCAUCUAAUGCUCUGUAAGUUACAUAACAAAUAAUGUACUACAUGUAUUUUACACAUAUGAAUUAAUAUGAUUAUUGAAUAUUUACCGCGUAGGUAUAAAACAAAAAAAAAUAUAUAUAUGUAGUUUAAAUAUUCGAUAAAUAUUAUAUUAUAUAAUAUUAUAUUAUUCGGUAGAUUACUAAUCAUACGAGUGGCAAUUACUGAGUGUGUGAUAUAAAUAUUAAUAUUUGUACUUUAUAAACAGACUGUGUUAUAUAUAUGAAAUCUUGACCAAGCCGACUUAUUAACUCGCUGUGCGAUCGUCGCUUUGUCGUUUAUGAAUAUAAAUAUUAUUAUUAUUAUUAUUAUAAAGAUAAAUUUAAACAACUAAAUGUGUGCGAGGACGUGUAAGAUCCACUGGGAAAAAAUUAAUGGUAUUGAAUUUAGCGGAUAUUGUUCAAAUAUUGGAUUUUUCUUUAAAAAAAAAAAAUACAUUUUGCACUCGAAGUUUUAGAAAAUUUUUACGUGUGCAAAAUGUUUUUUACCUUGGGACAUUUGAAAAAUGUCGUCAGCUAAUUUCAGUAUCAUAAAGAAUAAACUUAAACUAAAAAUUUUAAAAAAAAUGAUUAAUGAUUAUAAUGAUAAUUAUUAAUUAUUCAGCAUAAUUAGAGUUUGCGCGCAUCUAAAGUAUAAACUUGCAUGUAAUUAUCGAUAUUUUUCGUCACUAUCGCUUGCUGUAUAUUUAUUGUCGUUUUUUUUCUCAGUGUUUAGGUAAAUUGUCGAAAAAUAAUUGUAGGUUACAAAUUAUUAAUUAUAAAUGAUAAGAACGACAAUUAAAGAAAAAAAAAAAAAAAACAUUGUGUAAUAUUGAAUAUUAAUUAGGAAUGUGUGUACAUAUGUAAUAGUAACUAGAUUCGGAAUAUAUAUAUAUUAUAUUAUAUACGAUAGUAUUUGCACUGAUAUCAAAUAAAUUAUUUAGCUCGUUAUUUUUAUUUAUAAAUCCAAAUCGCGUUUUCGCUUCUGAUGGUGAAGCGAUCACGCGGAAAAUCAGUGAAAGGCAAAAAAAGAGAAUAAAAAUGAAAAAAUUGUGGAUCUUUUAUAAAUACGUAGAAUAAAAGUACUAGUUUUUUUUCUCUCUGGCACCACAAGUGUAAAACGGAAGACGGAAGGGGAGAAGCGGUAUUUUCGUUUAUUCGUUUUCGUUUUACUUUUUGAGCUCACGGCAGAAAAGAGCUACAACAACUCUCGAUGAUUAAUCACCUCGGCCCCUGUUGACGGCGGCCUAAGGCUAGAUUAUACACUCUCCUUUUUAUCAUUCGUAUCAAAUAAUAAAAGGCUCAUUCCGUAAGAUCAUACCGAGCGAAAAUUUGCAUGCUUUUUUUUUUAUCACGCGUAUCGCCGUUUUUCUCUUUCGUAACCAUCACUUUCGUAAUGACUUCAUGACUGAAAAAAAAAUUUAAAUUACAAUCCUGAGUUAAUACCUGACAUCAAAAACGAAGAUGCGUAGAAAAUGUUUAACUGCCUUAUAAAUAAGUGAUUUUGUUAUCGGCUUGAUAAUUAUUUAGAAAAAUAUUAA